GUUUACUAAAGCAGAUUGAUUCAGGACCAACGGGGAUUGUCUAUGGAGUUAACCGUAGACAUAAUAUAUAUUGCAGGACCGGCAUAACAACAGCUAGACCUGAGGGAACUGGUUGGAAAUGUGUUGGCGGAAAACUUAAAUAUGUCAGCUGCGGAGUUUUGGGGUGUUGGGGAGCGAACGCCAAUGAUGAUAUCUGGUUUCGGGUUGGCGUGACUCCUGACAAGUGUGAGGGAACAAAAUGGGUACAGAUUUAUGGAAGAAAAUUAAAGCAAGUUGAGGUUAUCUCGAUUUAUUCAUGUCAUUCAUUUUUUCAUUCAAUUUAUUAAUUCAUUUCCUUAAUCUAUACCAACACUGUAUGUAUAUUGUGUAUUCACCGUGUUAUUCUCACCCUGCAUGAGCUGUUAUAUAUCAGAAGCUGUUGCAUCUGAAUUUUCUUGAAUUUUAAAUAAAUGUUUCAUUCGUUCUCUGUGGGAAGAAAUCGAACAAAGAGGAACACAGUACGAACUCCGGCCGCUUUUAGCCGGUUGAUUAGUUCUCCUCGCACGAUUUUCUCGAAUCCUUACCAAGAAUAUCUCAGACGUCAUAUAGACGUCAGUGCACUUCGGGCCAUUCUAUUUAAUCUACACACACCUCUAUGGACGAGUUCAAUAAAAUUUGAACCCUAAGAAAAAAAGAUCAAAGUACCGACACAAACACACACACACACAGAAAUUAAGAAUUUUUUGCCUUACCCCUCAGAAAAAAACGCAAAGAUCAAAGGAUGCCGAUGCACACAAAUGGAAUGGCCCUUUGAAGUUUUUAAAGUUUGUAAUUUUGCGGUUUUAGACACUUUUGGACUACGUUAGCCACCCGACAAAAUUUACAAACGGCUUUGUAGAAAUGCCCAGACUUUCUACCCACUUUUAUCGAAAACGAGAGGGGGCUGCUAUGUUUGAGGCUAUAAUUAUGCGAAGUGUGACAUAAAUUUGCCAAGGGAACCCAAAUCUGGCAGGGGAAAAUGACCAAUUCACACGGCAUUGAGUAUUUUUAAAAACGGAAGGAUUCUUUGUUGGUUACUCCGCCAGAAAUGAUGAAAAGUUGUAAUAUUUAAAAUAUAUAAAGUUAUUACAUUUUUCUUAGGUAAGCAGUGAAGGUGUAGUGCUUGGAGUGAAUUCAGCCAAGCAGUUGUUUGGUCGUGUUGGUAUCACAGUGGCUAAUCCUAUAGGAACGAAAUGGGUUUUUAUACCUAAUCCAGGAUUUAAACAUGUUUCAGCUGGGAAAACUGGUAUAUGGGCAAUUAAUGCAGCAGAUUACAUAUUCUUCAAUGAUGGUUAGUAAUGUAUUUAAUGAUUUACAAUCUUCAUAGAAUGUGGCAGUCUCUCAAUGCAGGUAUCAUGCAACAAUCUCAAACUCAUUAAUAAUUCACGAGUAAAUAUUGUUUUAUUUUGUUCACAUGAUAAUACUGGAUACCUGGUAAAGUAUAUUGAUCAAGUCUUAGGACUGGAUCAAAAUUAAUUCAGUCCUUGGACUGGAUCAAAACUAAUUAAGUAGUGAUUUAUUCGUAUGAGAUGUCAUUUCAAACCCUUCAAUUCAGUCUGGAUUAGAUUCCCAGUCCUUGCAUUUUGAUCCAGUCUUCGGCUUCGCCUCGGACUUGAUCAAAUUGCGCGGACUUGAAAUUUAGUCCAGUCCUCAUAGUACGGAUUUAAAAUGUUACAUCAAAUACUGGUACAGUAUGAUCAGUAUCUCUCCCAGUAACAGUUUCUACCGGGAGGACAUGGCAGCAUAUAAUAAACAACUAUUGAAUGAGGUUGAGCAUGAUAUCGAGAAUUAUCAAGGCCAAUGUUUGUGUUAUCUACCGCAACCGAAGGCUGAGGUGAUGCCUUGAUAAUUCUCGAUAUCAUACGAAAACCAAAUUCAGUAAUGGUUUUAUCAUAUAUUCAAAAGCUAGAAAGAAAGCAAAACCAUUUUUUGGCAUGUAGCUAGUUUCACGAACUUUCUCAUCAGAUCGAUACCAGCCAAAUGCUAUCUGAACAAACCUGAAAUUUUCAUGUGACGGUUUCUACCCGAGCACGUGGCAACAGAUAUGUUGCUUGCCAAAUACUGCUGGCGAAAAGCAAAUAAAUCUCAGGUUAAAACUUUCCUCGUUAGCCUAGAUAUAACCCUCUUUGUGCUCAGGUUACAUACUGAACCAUGCUAUGCAUGGUAAGAGGUGAGACAAAAUAACCAGUAAAUUUCAUCAGGAAUAAUAAGUUAAAUUUGAUCACCUGCAGUGCCGUAGCAAGCCCAAUUAUCGAGCUUGCUACGGCACUGAUCACCUGAGUCACAUAAUCUCUUUUGUUGGCAAUUCAUUUGAUUGAUUAUUGUUGAAGGGUACGUUUUGAAUUUUUUUAUAGAAAUUAUCGAGUGUUGAUUUUAUACAGCUAAUUCAAUUAAGGUUGCCGUCCUUCCAUAAACGGAUGAUGGGUUAUUACUAGUUUAGACUAAUAAACAGCUGCGAAAACUGUACUAUGCGUCUUCUGGCAGGAAUGGAACCAGCGGCCGUGCGCGAUUCCCGCGGUGCAGCGCUCUAACCAACUGAACUACAGAUUCCAGUUGUCGAACCAGUUGGUCAGAGCGCUGCACCGGAAUCGUAUGGCCUCGGGUUCGAUUCCUGCCAGAGGACAUAUAAGUUGCAUUUUUCGCAGCUGUCCCUAGUUAUAGGUGUAAUAAAUGUAUAUAAAUUUUACACUCGAUAAUUUCCAUCUACAAAACCCUUCAACUGAGUGUAUUAAAUAUUAAUGCUGGUUAGUAGAUCGACUUUCUAUUUAUUUUACUUUUGCCACAAUGACCUCACUAUUGUGCACGACAAAUGCAGGAGGAUUUAAUCGAAGGAAAACGAGGCCGCUGGAACAAAAAGUAUAGCUACGUAUAGUUUAUUGGGUAUAGUCACACUCUGUGUUAUCAUGAAAUAGUUAAAGUUUGCAAUGUUAAAACACCAUUUAUUUAAUUUCAGUAUUAGCCCCAUCUUGGGCAAGGGUUGGCGGAAAACUGAGAGAACUUGACGUCAGUCCUUCAGACGCUGUUUGGGGUGUCAACAGUGGACAUUCGAUAUAUAUUCGUCUUGGAAAAGACUGGCAGAAAGUUACUGGGAAACUGAAGCAUGUCUCGGUUGGUAACUCGGGUGUCUGGGGAGUAAACCGAUUUGAUCGUAUCUAUUUUCGAGAAGGAGUCACAACAAGUAACUUGGCGGGAACAACAUGGACCCUCAUAUCAGGUGAGAACAUUUUACGUAACAAUCUGAUUCGUGAGAAAAUAUCGGAUUUUGAAAGUAUAUCUGAUACUUUGGACGUCCAGUUUAUGCAAUGUUAAGGAGACUCCUUGUGGUACGUUUAGUCAAAUUAUUCAGAUCGUCGUUUUCGCGAGUUUUGAGCACGUAUUACGUUUUGUUCAAAUUAAAAGAGUGCCUAAGUAUAUUAUUGUUUAACCAGUAGUUCUUAAGGCUUUUGUUAAGCAUGUUUUUCAUUAUUUUAUUUACGUUAAACUAGUUGCUAUUGGUUGCUUCUACUAGGGAAGACAAUGACAUAUUAUUGAUGUGGCAAGCUAAAACUUGACAUUUAGAAAUGUUGCAAGUCCGCCGCAUGCAAUGCUGUAAUGCUGCCUCGGCGCUAUAAAACGAUUUCACAUACGAGUCACUAUAUAAAAGGUUUAAAUGAAGUAGCCCAUCGCGACAAACAAGCGCGCGUACACGGCAACAAACGCUCAGGUUGAUGCAAUACUGAUGAAAACAGGAUUGAACAAUGUUUUGCUGCAUGCCCACAUUGUUCAUAGCUGUCAACAAUAUUGAACAAUAUUGUUACACCCGAUUCAGGCUCAACAACAUUGUUCAACAUUGUUGACAAGUGUGAACAACGUGGGCAGCAAAACAUUGUUCAGUCCUGUUGAGCAACGGGCUCGGCGUUUCUUGCCGUGUACCGGUUUAUGGCGUUGAGGCGGCGAAAAUUGAGGAGCGCCUGGAAGCUAGUUCUUGUUCCGUUUCUUGCAAAAUUCGUCUGUUUCUUGCAAAUUAUGGUUUUUCGAAAGUUUUUGGGCUUUUUCUAACGCUCAUAUCCCAUCCCUCUUUGCGCGCCUAUAAUGAUCGACACACUACUUCGUGUAAACCUUUUAUAUUGUGACUCGUAUGUGAACUCGUUUUAUAGUGCCUGGCCGCCUGGGGACGAGGCAGGCUGUAAUGUAUUAUCCUUUCAAAGUAAUGGCUAUAUCGCUUUUUUCGUCAGAUUUGGCAUUCUAUCCGUUUUACCAGGUGUUUUACUACAACUGUCUUAAGAAAUGUUUUAUAAGGUUUGAACUAAUUUUAACAAAUACAAAUUGAAGGAAGGUUAAAACAUAUGAUAAUAAAGGGUUCAAAGUUAUACUUUAUAUAAUGAAAACACUGAUUUCGUCAUAUUUUACAUUAAUUUAUAUUGAUUUAUAUAUCUAUAUCAGUGUAUCUUUAUACACUUUAUACAGCAACAACACAGCGGCAUGUUCUCAUUGAGCGGUACCGAUGUCAUCAUUUAGAUGGCCCUGUGGCAUCGGCAUUGGCAGUAUUGCCAACUUUACUUUGCGUUUACCCGCGUAUUAGCAAGUUUUUUGUCUUUUGCACGUGAUGUGAUAACUAUAAAACUGAUAAUGAGUAUAAAGGAAAAACCGAAAAACCUUGCCAUAACAGAAAGCAAAAACCCUGCUAAAUCUCUUUUGGUCUUUUACCGAGAAUGAAAUAUUCUCAGAUUGUCCCCUCGAAAAUAGAAAUGCACCGCGCACGUUUAUAUCCGAUUCCCUCCAAACUUUGCGACAAUGUUGAACAAUAGUACACGAGCAAAACCAUGUUCACGUUUUCGAUUUGAUUCAAUUUUUCCGUUAUACUGUAGCCAUCUGUUCUAUUGUUUUUACAAAAUUUAGAUAAGUUAACUUGUCUGCUUUAUUUAUAUCAAAGCAAAUGCAAUACCUGUCAAAAACGCGAACACGGUUUUGUUCUUUGAUAAUUUGCCUGAUGGGAAAUCAGAAUCAUGCAAUUCUCGUGACGUCAUAUUGUCAAAAGGAACUCGGCGCAAUUACAGUUUACAAAGACGUAGAAUUUGUGUUAUAUCGCUAGCUCGAGCAUUAAUUUAUCAUUAUUCAUGCAUGCAAAAUGUGAGGGGGAAAACUUACAAAUUGAGCUUUUGGUUAAAAUGGGGUUCCAUUAUAUGGAGUAACCUUAACAGGCUCAAGAUUGUCUUCUUAGUUAAUACUUUAACUUAUUUCAUUUUAUUUCAUUUUAAAGGUUUGCUGAAACAGAUUGAUUCAGGUCCAGCAGGGAUCGUGUGGGGAGUUAACCGUGCAGAUGAUGUAUUCUGCAGGAUUGGGAUAACAAAUCAGAAUCACAAAGGAACUGGUUGGAGAUACAUUUGUGGAAAACGGAAAUAUAUCUCGUGCGGCUCAUAUGGAUGCUGGGGGCUGAACCCUAGUAACGAUAUCUGGUUUCGACAUGGAGUGACAGCUGCCUCGUGUGAAGGAACAAACUGGAUAAGAAUUCCAGGAAAGUUGAUGCAGGUUGAGGUAAGCGCACACAUGGGUCAUUGCUACAUAUAGAAAUAAGUUGACUAUUGUCCAUAAAAUCAACAAGAUAUUCGACCAGGAUAGAUGACACGGACUCCGGGGACAUAUCACGACUUCUUUUAUCUUCAAUUUUGGUUGCGUUUCCCCACAGUCUUCUGGCGACCCUUUAGAUAAUAAAGUAUUUUGCUCUCCGACUCUACCUUCUCCAGUGAAGUUGCACCUUCAAGAGAAAUAUGACCUUUUUAGUAGAAUAUUUUGACAAAAGUACUUCUGGAACUUUUUCCUGAGAAGAACCCUUUCCUCUUAUUCGCACAUUUUCACUGAUUCCCAGGCAUGAUACAAGUUUUGUUUUCGCAGAUUACCAGUGAUGGUAAAGUUUAUGGAGUUAACUCAAGAAGAACAAUGUUUGUCCGUCUUGGUAUCACACCAAAUAAUCCAACAGGAACUGGUUGGAAAGUUGUCAUAUCACCACCAUUCAAACACGUUUCGGCUGGAGAUUCCGCCAUUUGGGGGUUAGACCUUGCAGACAACAUUUACUACUUUACUGGUAGGUAUUUUUUGCUUUAAUUUUUCCUUAGUAUUCGUCUUCUCUACUUCUUGUUGACAAGAUUCAUAAUAAAUAAUAUAAUACAUUAAUACUAUACAAGUUAAACUUAAACUUGUACUAAGACAUCACAGAAAAUACAUACCGUCAGGCACUGAUCGCAAUUUAGGGAUAAGCGCAGGUGAUUGACCACCAUCUGCUGUCAUUCAACGCUUAAGCCUCGUCCUAACAAGGAUGAGAGUUGACAGUUGGAGAGUUUGUAUGGGAGUUUUCUCAAAUCUCAUACCCCGGUCAAACAAGACCAAGAGUUGCAUGAGUCUCAUCAACUCUCAUCCUCGUUUGACAACGUGGUUUACUGGCUUUACUAGUGAAACUCGACAUUCGUAUGAUUAUUGAUCUCAAUAUUAAAACAUUUUCUAGGUUUGGAAUUCCCUGAAGAAAAUUACGCUAUUCUUCUAACUGACAACUUCCGGAAGGGAGGAAUUGGUAAAAUUUCAGUGAGGAAUCCAGUUUCUGGGGUAAAGUACAGUUUAACCACUGCCUCUAGUAUUGUAGAAAUCAAUUCAAGCACUGGACAACUCACAUUAUUGGUCAAUGCUGAUCAACAACAUCGGAGUGAAGUGAACAACUCGAGAUUUGAGAUCAAGGCAAAUUUCGGAUCCGAAGUGAGAACUGUAGCAGUCGUUAUUUAUGUCCUCCCGCUCUACCAUGGUGAUCCACUUGCGCUACCUGCUAUGACUGUAGUUAAAAAGGGCCUGCAAACCAGUCAAUAUAUAGCCCUCAACUAUGGACCUGCAGCUGAGAUCUCACCAGAAUUGUUAGAUCGAUCUUUGAAACAAAUGUCACCAGAUGAUCCAGCUUUUCAGCUUUCUGUAACUCAAACGAGAGUGGAACGUGCGAUAGAUCUGGUGAAGUCAAUUAUCAUACUUGCAUUUGGUAGGUAGGCCUACUUGUUAAUUAAUAAAUAAUUUGGAGUGACUUAAAGAAUAUUGGCAACACAAUUUAAGUAUAUUUACAUUGAAAGAGCUGUAGAAUAACUCAUUUUGCAAUUUUUUAUAUCUUUCUUAAUUUGGUUAGAAAAUAAUUUCAGUUUAUUUGACAUCACAAGCGGGAUAAAGUUUUUGACAGUCCCCAGGACUCUUAAAAUUUCAUAAUUUUGUAUGCAAGAUUAAUCAAUAAAACUCACCCUCCGAUAUAGACCGGAGUGAUUUCCCCUCUUUUGAGCAGUGAGCUUGCAACUUUGGCGCAAAUGCGAUCUUUGAAAAUUGUUUAACCAGCUUGUGACGUGAUAUAUUUAUUUCAUUUGUGUAUCAAACAAAUUAAAAUUAUUCAAUAAUGAAAAGAGAUAAAGAAAAGCUGUAAAAUAACUUAUUUUACAGUUAAAUGAAAUUCUUUGCCACUGGUAAUGCCAUCUUGAAAUUCAAGAUUUGAAUUAAAACAAGAAGAGCUGUUGAAACUGUAAAUUUUCGACUUUAUUCAAAGCUAUCAUCAGAUGAUACAUGACGACUUUGAUGUACGAUGAUGAUUUUGAAACAAAAUUGAAAACUUACAGUUUCAAGAGCUCGUCUUGUUUUACGGUUCGAACGGGCAAACUGAGGCUGCUUUUGCAUAUUUUUAUUUUUUUAAAAUUAUUAACGAGCCAAUCACGCGAUCUUAAUUCAAAUUUUUUAGGUAAUAUUUAUACUAAAUUCGUGUUUUAAAUUCCCGAAUUAUGAAGAUCUCGAUAACACUUACCUCGACCUUGAUAAUUCUGGAUUUCCAAUAAAUGUUUAUUAUUAGUAGUAUUAUUAGAUUUAAUCAUUUUUUAUCCAUCAUCUUUAUUAUAUAAUUUUUAUAUUUUAUUAUUUUUAUCCAUCAAAAUUUUUAUCAUUUUUCAUGCUUACAGAAAAAGAUUAUGGUAGAGGAGCGGUCCUAGGUUUUUUCCACAAUCAACAGCUCUUUUCUACGGCAACAAUAACUAAGCUGGACAGAGAGUCAGAUUGUCAUGAAACAGUUAAACACAUUGAUUGUCCUCAGAAUGCUAAAUAUCGCCGCAGUGAUGGAAGGUGUAGUAACCUCAACUUCCCUCUGGCUGGUGCCGCUGGAACGCCAUACAUUCGACUGUUGCCUGCGGUAAGCAAAUAUGACGCAUUUCUUUGAUUUUGCAGUCAAUAGCGUGUCAAAUAGGCCUUUCCCCUUAUGAGUGACAUUUUUAUCUAGAUAUGCCUGGACAAAAAAUUUAUCACAGCUUGAAAGAGCAUCACAAAAUUAGUAAAAUUCCGAAGUUUCGUUGCGUUUGUUGCGUAAAAUGCGGAUAAUAUAGCCUUGCGAAGUUUGCCGUUUUUCAGUCAUUUUGCAUUACAAACGGGAAAUUGAUAAUCAGAUGAUCAAACUGAUUAUCAAUUUCCCAUUUGUAAUACAAUGACUGAAAAACGGCAAACUUCGCAAGGCUAUAUUAUCCGCAUUUUACAACAUUUCGCAACGAAACUUCGGAAUAUUACUAAUUUUGUGAUGCUCUUUUUUGUCCAGACUUGUCUAGAUCAAAAUUUCACUCAAAAGGGGAAAGGUCUAUUGUCAGUUUUGCUAACCUUAUGGAUAGUGUAUGGUGGUCAAUGAACGGUCUGUGCUAUGCCACUAAUAACAAAAUGUCGGUUGAUAUAAGGAUGCAACUACCUCAAAAAUACAACAAGAGCUUUCCUUCGAACGUCGAAAUUUUCCUUCAGUUCUAUUUUUCAGGUAGUUGCAUCCUUAUCAACCGAAGUUUUGUGACGGUCAAUAUCCGAAAUCUCAGUUGAUGUUUUAACUUAAUUAGUAAGAAAAUUUCUUCAUUUCACAGUAAAAAUAUUUAAUACUGUACAUAUACGCAGCAACCCCUCGCCUUUCUUACCAAAAGAACUAUAUUCCACAAACAUUGUAUCAAGGCAAAAAAUUAAAUACGUCAAAGCAUGGAAAAAGUUCGAUAACAGUUUAAAAACUAUAGUUGGCUACCUCACAUAUGCUUAAUGAAACUCGCCAAUAACAGGUUGGAAGCGGCUCGGAAUUUCUGAUACGCUACUGAGUGAAUAUCAUGAUUGUAAGGACCGCAGAUACAACAUUUAAAUUCGGGGGUGGAAGAUGAUACUGAAUAAUGAAUGCUGGGUUUUGAAGCAGUGUGCAUAUAAAUAUUGAUGGUAGGAAUUAUGAAUAUUAAGAGUACACAAAUAUGAAUAAUUUGAAACUAAAAUUGGAAUUCGAAAGUUUUUUUAACUGAAUUUUUAAGGUAUAGGAAUACGAAAUUUAGAGGUAUGAAUAUUAAAGAUUUAAGAGAAAUAUUGCUCUCCCCUCCCCACGAAUUUAGAAUUUUAAAUUAAUGAUCUGUUUUUAUUCACACUAUACAGGUAUACUAAUCUAUAUAUUUUAUUCGUUAAAUUAAGGGAUGUUAGGACAAAUGUUUUACUCUUUACCAUUGCAGAAAUACUAUGAUGUAGAUGGCCUGAAUGAUCCUAUUGGAUACCCGAACCAACCAAAUGCACCAUCAAUGCCCUCGCCAUUCAAAGUUAGCAGAGAUCUUAUUAGAGAUGAAAUAGCCUCAUCUGCCGCCAGAAGUCUCACGCCUGCUGUGAUGCAGUUUGGUCAGUUCCUUGAUCAUGAUUUAGAUCUGUCUGCUGGUGGAGAGGGAAGUACUGCUUGCCUUUCAAUAAGGUAUUUCUUCGAUUGGCUAUUUGAUAUAUUUAUUAGUUGAUUAUAACUGAUUCAAUUUUUUAGUCCAUAAAUCGAUUCAUCAUUUCGAUGACUGGAUCAUUGAUUCUUUCAUUCACCGGCUUUAAUUUGGCAUGUAGCUGUCUUGACAAUACAUAACUUACAUGCAUAGAUAACUACAUUGAACAAAAAUAUGGAGAAUUGUAACUAUGGAACACAAACGAGAUUAGGUGCUAUGCAUGAUGCCCACCAUUAGAUAAGUAUAGAACAGCAAGUAAAAUAUAUAAUAGAAAAGUGGAAGGUGAAUGGAAAACUAGAAACACAGACCAUAGCCUAUCGAAGAGAAGAUGGCUGUGGAACUCAUUAGAAUAACAAUAUAAUUCAUCUAUGUUGGUCAACGUUUAUUCAUAAAUCUGGUCCUUCACAGUCACGUGUGUAUUCAGUGGCGUAGCUAGCGGUCCUGCUUGUCCUGCCCAGCAGGACUAAAAAUUUCCCCAAAUUUCCUUAGUAAAACAUUACUUUAUUUACCUUGAAACUUUAAAAAUAUAUUAUUAUCAUACUGUUAUUUUGUAUAAUUUUCUCGUCUUUUUCGUUAUUAUUUUUUAAAAGUUUUCCGUAUUCUAUUACAUUUACGCAAUUUUACAGCUUGCCGUGUCUGUUACCUAGCAACUGCAACUCUAUAAAAGCUCAUUUCCGGGCAAUAUAUUGAUUUACACGCGCUCGUGUUUCAGUCCUGCCAUUUUCAAAUGGCAGGACUUGCUAGUAUAUUUCAUAGUAAAUUCAUACAAGAAAUCUUGCUUUCUGAUUGGAUAAUUAGAUCUGCGCAUGCUCAAACCGGCUGUUUACAAAUGCGAAGUCCUGCUCUCUCGAAAUGGCAGGACUUGGCCUUUUAUUGUCUUUACUUGCGAGCUUUCCGCGUGAUUAAACCCACUUUUUACUAACUCUGUCAAGAUUACUCAAGUGAUGAAUAUGGGAAUCAACCAGCGUGAAAGCCCAUUGUGAUUUGGAUAUAAUUUCUGGCUUCUGCUAAGAUAUUUUAGCUCACGAAAUGCAUGUCAACAGACUCGAUCGUGUAUUGUCUGUCGUAUUUUGAUAUAAAGUAUGAACGUAUUUAUAUUUGCCAGUUCAUCUGCUUUAUGCAUUGCUGCUAUUGCAUGAAACGAGGCAUGAAACACGAGCGCUUAUAUGGAGUUUAAAAAUGAUAUAGCUACCAUUUAGAUUUACAAAGUUUAUGUUAUUUAUGUAGAUAUUUGGCCGCAUUUUAAUACACUAUAUUUACUUUAAACGCUACGGCAAUUUUAUUAUAUUUAAAUACCAUAGCCAUAGGCAUAGCGUACUGAAUUAUACAAUCAGAGUACCAAGCGUAGUGGUCCGUAGUUGAUACCACUCCGUUUAAAGUUUAUUAAACAUUACUAACAAACGUAGUAAUUUUUUAACGAAUGCUAGCCGUAUAUGUAGUCAUUGUAGUGUUGUAUAUUCAACAGGCGCUGCAACAAUUGUUCAGUUACGCAAUUGCACGUUGACCAAGUGAAAGAUCAUAUUACAGACGUGUAUUGAAAACAUGAUAUUUUCCUCUUACACCGACUUGACUAUAUUUAGCUAAAUUUUUAAGUUGAAAAAUAUAUAGUGAAAUAUGAUAAAUAUGGAAAUACGAUUUUAAAAAGUGACAAAUUUUUUUCUAGAAAAGUAUCUAAUUUUUUUAUGCUGCCUUUGGAGUAUUUUGCCGUGAAAUCGCAGGAAAUGGCCAUUCCAGACUUCUAAAAUUAAAAAUUUUCCGGGGGAGCAUGCCCCCGAACCCCCCUAGAAUGUGUGAGUUUUAGAGCAGGACCUGUCGAAUUUCGCUAGCUACGCCACUGUGUGUAUUGUAUUCUUGCCCAACUAACCAAUAGCAUUGUUUUAGGAAAGUUACCUAUCCGUGACUCGAACAAUAGGGAAACUGGAAAUUGCUAUUGGUGGAUUUGGUAAAAAUACAAUACACACCUGACGGUGAAACGAGCAGAUUUAUGAAUAAACGUUGACUAACAUAGAUAAUGAGUUAUAUUAUUAUUCUAAUGAGUUUCACAGCCAUCUUCCCUUCGAUAUGCUAUAUGCACAGGCAGAAGAUGAAAAGAGAAAUGGUAGAAUGAAUGACCUGGAUAUUAAUUAGUCGUGAUCAAUGAGUGUGAGCUAUUUAUUGCUUUAAUGAUGAACUAUUUUCAGAUCGUUAAUCAAUUUCUUUGGAAGUUCAGUGAAGGUUUGAUUAAUCAAUUGAAUUCAUUAUUUUAAGAAAUUAAUUCAAUGGUUGAUUGAGAGAUACAUUGAUUAUUCGUGAUAGAUUCACUGAUUAUUAGAUUAAUUGUCUGAUUAAUGAUUCUUGAUAAUACAAACCACGAAAAUAAAAUGUUGGUUAUUUUUAAUAUUUUAUCUCGUUUCAGAUGUGAUGGAUCCCCAGCUGACUUUCAACCUCCAUGUUAUCCCAUUUUGCCACUGGCAAACAACGAACCUCCAUGUAUGCGAUUUGUGAGGUCCGCUGCAAUGUGUCAGUUGGAGGGGUUCCCUAUGGAGAGAGAACAGAUAAAUGACGUAACAGGUGUUAUCGAUGGAAAUAAUGUUUAUGGAUCAUCGGAAGAGACCACCCGCAGUCUCAGAGUUUUGCAAAGUAAGUAGAUAGGGAAGACAGUGAAGCGUUCACUAUCUUAAAAUCUUUACUACGCAUUGUCCACUCUGUUUAACUUAUGCCGUGUUCGCUAAAACUGUAUGAUGUUGAGAGCUCUGUGAAAACACACUCAUAGAUAAUAUAAGAAAGGUGUUUAUCUCAAUGUCCCUUAUGUAAUCCAGACCAGUCACAUACAUAGGUUUGUGCCAUUUUUUCUACACCUCCGAUACAACAAGAAAUUCUACUACCAAAUAGUAACUGUUUUGUUCAGACGAUUCACUUCGGUUUAUCUCCUCACAAAUUUAUUAAUCCCAGUCCCAGCUGGCUUUUUUUUCGCUUAAAAGAUGGCAUUAAGAAAUUCAUAGUCAAAGUUCUUCAUUUUAACAGGGCAUCAUGAACUCUAUUAUUACUCUAUAGGUAUUACCUAGCGUGAUCUAGGAAAGCCCGAUGAUAAAUCGUGCAUUGAAUGAAUUACGAAAGUCUUUAUAGGCGAAGGUCAACCUAAGAAACAGUACUGCGGAAUACUCCUUGCCACCAUUUAUAGGGGACACAUUUUCCACAAACAUUUUCCUAGACAUUUGGCUUAAUAUGUAAAUGACUCCUUAAGCUUCCUUAAUAUACGUUGUUUCAUACAAAUACAAUACCUGCAAAUCAAUACAAAAAUUCCAUUGCAUGGUGAAACAAAAUGUUUUUAAAUUUGUACUAAGUUGCUUCCGAACAGUUUUUCCGCAUCAAUGUUUUCGAUGGUGGGCAAACCGGAGCAUAUUAAUUAAAUGUCUUCAGGAAAAUAUCUCGUAGUGAUGCUAAGCGUCUGCUAAAACCUUGAAAUUAUUAUUUUCAGAUGACGUAGGGUUAAUGCGUGUGUCACAAAUGAAUGGGGCAGAUUUGCUACCAGAGGAUCCCGACACAACAACGUGUAUUGAAGGCUGUUUUAAGGCUGGAGAUAUCCGAGCAAAUGAACAACAAGGACUGACGUCAUUCCACACUCUCUUCCUUCGAGAACACAACCGUAUUGCAAGGACUUUGAAACGAUUGAAUGCUCAUUGGAACGGCGAAACUGUUUUCCAGGAAACAAGAAAAAUCGUUGGAGCUAUUAUACAAAAAAUUGUCUAUGAGGACUAUCUACCAAUUAUCUUAGGUCCAGAUGCUUUACCUUCAUACGCAGGACAUAAUUCAAACAUUAAUCCCAGUAUAUCGAAUGCCUUCGCAGCUGCGGCUUACAGAUUUGGACACAGCACGAUCCGUUCUAAAUUUGAUCUUUUGGACAAAAAUUACGAAGAAGUCGCCCCUGCCAUGAAGCUUCGUUUUAUGUUCUUCAAUAAUACUGUCACGAAAACAAUAGGUGUCGAGCCAGUAUUAUUUGGUCUUGUUGGAAAUGUAUCUGAAAAGGUGGACACAGUAUUGUCAAAGGAGAUCACGGAACAUUUAUUCGAACGUGGAAAUCAACACGGAGAAAACCUCGCUGCGUUAAAUUUGCAACGAUCACGUGACCAUGGUCUCCCUGGUUACAACGAAUUCCGAAGAUACUGUGGUCUCUCCAACGCAAGAACCUUUGAAGAUACCAGGAACGAGAUCCGAGACGCAAAUAACAGAGCUAUCCUGAGGAACCUGUAUAAUGAUGAUCCAAAUUUUGUUGAAUUAUGGAUGGCAGGUCUCGCCGAGGUUCCGUUCCCUGGGGCAACCGUAGGUCCUACAUUACGAUGUGUUAUACGAGAACAAUUCCAGCGGUCUAGGGAUGGUGAUUGUUUUUUCUAUGAAAACCAAGGCGUUUUUAGUCCAGACCAAGUACUGGAGAUUAAGAAAACCAGUCUGUCUCGUCUCUAUUGCGAUAAUGUCAAUGGUAUUGUGUCUAUUCAAAGAAAUGCGUUCAAAUCAGCAGUCCAUGAAGUUCGUCCUUCAUGUCAACAAAUUCCUGGCAUUUCACUUUGCCAAUGGAAAGGUGCGCUUCCUUUAUUCUUGCAGGCUAUUGUAAAAGGAUAUACUUAA